GAAAGAGAGGGUUAUGACGAACAUGCUGCGAGGUGUGAAACUGAACGGGAGAUAUGCGUCAAACAGCGGUCCGCCCCUUCACUGCAGCUGACAAGUUCUCUCCGUAUAAAGCGGCUCCGAGCCAGGGGAGCGUUGAGACAGACUUUCCGUUUGACGAGUUAAUCUGCCCCGCCGCCUCUCCUCCCCUCUCCCCUCCCCGAGCAGGCAUGGAUCUGCGCGCCGUCUCUGCCUUCUGCCUUCUGUUCAUCGCCUCUGCCUCUGCGGAUCCGCAGCCGGCCGAGCUCGUCCUCGGACAGUUCCAUUCAACAGUCACCCUGCCCUGCGCUCUCUCGGGCCCCCAGCGGCCGCCCCGGCUCCUGCUGCGGCGGGACGUGCGCUGGAGCUGGUCGGGGCCGCCGCCGGGCCGGGAGCCGCUCCCGCUCCUGAUGGUGGGCUCGGAUGGCGUGGUGCGGCGGGGGCGCACGGGCCCGGCCCGGCGGGCCAGCCUGCGGGGCGCACACCCGGGCGACUUCUCCCUGCAGCUGGGGCAGGCCGAGGCCUCGGACGCCGGCCGCUUCCACUGCCUCGCCCAGCUGGGACCCCGGCGGCUGGAGCGGGAGAUGCAGCUGCACGUGGUGCGAGUUAGCAGCCAUGCACCAGGCCCCGUGAUGGAGGGCAAGAGCGUUGCCCUUCGCUGUGAAAUUUUGGAGAAUCUCCCUCUGGCAGUUGUAUCCUGGUAUCGGAGGGGAUCGCAGCUGAAGGCCUCCACCCAGAUCGGGAUCUCGGACGGUGGAAGAACUCUAACCAUCCGGCGACUGGAAGUCGAAGACGCGGGAAUAUGGGAGUGCGACGUGCAGUAUGAAGGCAAGGCCAUCAGAGUCCCCUACCAGCUGAUGUUGUUCGGCUUCUCCACUCCGCCGUCUGAACCCAUCACGGUCUACGCCAGCGAGGGGGAGCCCGCCCGCCUCUCGCUCCCCCUCUUCUCCGGCAGCGUCGCCGCCCCGGGGCUGAAGUGGGGCUGGCUGAGGCCAGUGGCGGAUGGGACGGUCCGCCGCCUGGCAGGUCCCGGGGCGUCGUCGGUCGAACUCGGGGAGGCCGGACUGCAGCUGACCGUCCCGUCCAUGCGCCAGGCGGACACGGGGCUGUACACGGGCUACCUGACCCUGGGUGACGCCACUCUGAGGCGCUCGGUGCGACUGGAAUCAAUCUGGGUGAAGGCCAGCGCCGACGGCCCCCUCCUGCCGGGGGGCUCCCUGCGCCUGGAAGUCGCCAGCAGUGGCGCGGGCAGCUUCGACGCCGUCUCCUGCCGGCACGAGAACGCCAGCGGGCCGGAGGGGGGCCCCCCAGCCCGGGGGGAGGCGGCCUUCCUCAUCCCCCAGAUCCAGCCCUCGGAUGCCGGGCUGUGGACCUGCGAGUGCUGGCAGCAAGGCCGGGCGGUGGGGUCCGUCACGUACUACCUGGACAUGUCAGCGUCGGCGAGGCAAGAGUCGGACCUGGGGCCCCGGCCGGCCAGAGUCACCAUCGCCUGGGUCUUCGCCGGCCUCCUGUUCCUGAUCGCGGUGACCGUCUGCGUCCUCCUGGCCCGGUGGAAGCGCCGCCAGCGACAUUUCCCGGCCCUCGAGGUCACGUUGCCCUCCACCGAGUUGCCGCCAAAGAAGGUGUGAGCCAGCGGCCGCGGAGACCGCGACGGAUGCCAGGAGCACCG